AUGCUGCCGAAAGGGAGGGAGCUAGAUGCGUCCUCUGGAUUGGUCCCAGGAUCGAAGGGCUACCGGACGGUGGCGCCCCCUGUCGGCCGGCGUCCCGCCGACGGCUCUCGACUUUUGAACGCAUUCUCGCCGCUUUCCAAUCAUUUUUCGUUCAACCUAAGUCCUCCCUCCGAGGCAACACCCAUCAUUCCAGAGCCUAGAGAUAGAACACCCUCCACGAUUUCGUUCCUUACCAUGGAUUCGCCCCAGAUCGCCCAGUACCCCAACGCUGGGGGAGGCCAUACCCCGGUCACGGGCGGCUACGACGAGCGAGUUUAUGCAUCGCAUUACUCUCUCCAAGGGAAUCACAUGCAAACAGGACAGAGCAUUCAAACAGAAGCGCACCAGGCCCCGUCUGCGAUCCAGUCUACCGUCUUCCCGAGCAUCGGCUUUGUGAAUUCCAAUGGACGAUAUUACGACACAGAAAACGGUGGAUAUGUGACGCUCCAGCCCGUCGAUCGCCCAACCGCUGUAGAGUUCACAUCUGCUGAAGGAGUUGAAUAUACUCACCAAGAUGCGAAUUUUGACCGUUACUUCUUGCCGUACAGCCGCCCAGACCGAAAUCAAAACAAUGCUACUGCACAUUCUACAGCUUCUAAACACACGGAAGGCCACAGUACCUUGGCCCUCUACGAUGCUCCAAAUGUUUAUAACAACGGUGGAUACGUCUAUGUCCCGCAAACUACCUAUGAAGAGCAACAGCGAGUCUCGCCAAUUUCCGUGAAGACGGAAAACAUCAGUCAAGAUAUUCAAACUCCUCGAGUUUCUGCCACCAGUCAAGCGAGUGCGACCAACAUCGGUAUCAUCACAAAGUCUGAUGGUAGCGAGGGAGCUCCGAAAAGCAUUGAUAACGCUGGACGAUUCAUGAGUCCGAAUCCGAACUCGACCAUGGAAGACAUGGAAGAAACUGGCACACCAAGAGUAGGACGAAAGAAACGACGACCUUACACAAAACUUCAAAUCCAAGAGCUCGAAACCGAAUUCCGUCGAACCGAGUUCGUAACUCGAGAACAGCGACAGGAAAUCAGCCGCCGCCUGACCUUAACAGAUCGUCAAGUUAAAAUAUGGUUCCAGAACAGGAGAAUGAAAGAAAAGCGACUGCGUCAACGAGGACAUUCUCCGAGAACUCGGGAUCGUCACCAGAUGGAUUCUGCUGAGCAAAUGGAACAUGGAAAUAGCCCUUCUACGAUGGACGGAGAAAACUACCAAGAUGAAAUCGGACAAACCAGUGAGGCGAUGGAUGUUGUGGAUAUUCAACCUGCUGUUCAAGUUUCUAACAAUGUAACUGGUCAAUUUCACGAUCCAAACACUGGCUAUGUCUACGUCAUGACUACCGAGCACCAGCAAAAUGCAAUGUGGCGAUCCGCUCCUGCUCAGUACACCCAGCAAGGGGUCGUCAUGCAGCCCUUGAUCAGCCAGCCCAACGGAGAUGUUCUUCACGAGCAAAAGUGGGGCCAGCUCUACGCGCACCAGGAAGAUCAUCUGGCCCAUGAAGAGCACCAAGUCCCACCAGUCGUUUCAGAACAGCACAUGCCAACAAUCACCUAUCAAGAGGCUCCACCAAUUCAGAUGCAGGAAGAAACCUCUUCGCCCGAAAUCCCCAAACAGCAGCAACAGCCAGAAGCAACCAACCCUCCUCUCGAACAAGCUCCUCCUGCUCCCGAAGAACAGCAAACAGACCUCCCAAAGGAGGAUCAAAAUGCUCUUACUCCCGUUCCCCAGUCUGUCAUCAGCCAAGAAUCCUAG